AUGGCGUUGACGCGCGUGUGGGCCGACGUGCGCUUUGUGAUAGCAGAGAAUGUACUUCCGGAGCGAGCUGAUACGGUAGGUAAUGGAGGAGCUCAUUCCCAGUUGGCGCAACAGCUUAAGGAGGCCGGGGCUGUUCAUGUAGCAUGGUCCACGUUGCGUCGUGCGUCAGACGAAGAAACGCGUGUCUCUUUCCAAGAUACGGUUACCCAUUUCAUCACCGACUCUAUCCAUGCACCGUACGUUGCAUGGUGUACCCAACCGACGGACGAAGAUAUGCAUGUAGAUGGCCCCGUGGCUGUCACGCCUGCAUGGGCCACGCGUUCGUUGGCGCUCAACAUACCCCAACCCCCUCACCUUUAUUCCCCAGAUCCACAAAAGAUCUUUUCUGGUAUCGUCAUUUGCUGUGCCCAUUUAUCGCCUAUGGAUACAGAAAUGCUUUCCUCUGCUGUUGUCUCUUUAGGCGGUGGCUUCAAGCAGACCCUUUGUGAAGACGUGACGCACCUGGUCGCCAUUUCGCGUGAGAACAGCAAAGUGCAGGCACUCCAGAACCACCCCGAUGUAUCUAUCCAAGUCGUCGCGCCACACUGGAUCAAUGAUUCGUUCAGUGUAAAUCGCUUGCUGCCACUAACAGACUACGUGUUUGAUAUGAGCCAGCCCGACUCGCUGCCCAUCUGUCUGCGCGCGACAUGGGACGUACCACCUAGUGCCUCUAUUGAGCCAGAUCCAUCGCCUUUGGAGCGUACGGCGCAGGCCUCGGUCCUUGCGUCCAAAGUCGUACUCUUAGCGCGUGAUGUGCAUGGGGGCGCGCUGGAAUCGCAUCCUCAGCUCCACUCGCUGCGCGAUCGUAUUGGCCGAGCGGGCGGUGAAUGUGCGCCCACCUUGGAGGAGACGGUCUCGGACGAAGACGUGCGAUCCGCUGUGCAAAAGGCGGAUAUCGUAGUCGCACGGUACCGUGAGUCACCAGAAGCCCGGUGGGCGUAUAGCCAGGGCAAGACGGUAGGCACCUUGGUAUGGCUUGUCAAAGCGCUGUCCUCUGGGCACAUGACGUCGCCACGCGACCGUCUCUUGCACUUUCCUUAUCCCCAUACCCCGAUCCCUGGCUUCUCCAGUAUGACCAUCACACUGACCAACUAUACUGGCCAAGCGCGGACUUACCUCAAAGAGCUCAUUAUGAAGAUGGGUGCGACGUUUACCCCGGAAAUGCGGCCGACAACCAAUGUGUGUGUUGCGCUGGCUCUGCAAGGUGAAAAGGUGACCAAGGCACGCGAGUGGAACAUUCCCAUUGUGAAUCACAUUUGGCUGGAGACGUGCUUUGCGACGUGGACGAACCAGAACCUGGCGCAGCGUUCGUUCAUUACAUUCCCUGGCGCUGCUAAGUUGGCGGCCGUGGUGGGGCGUGUAGGCAUUGACGAAACAAGUCUCGCGCCGUGGAAGACACCGGAGGCGGCCACCGACGAUCGUUCUCCUACCCCUGCUGCGGACGAAGUGCCGCCUAUCGCUUUGCCAGAGACGGAUGCGCCUACGCCUACUCCGCCACCUUCGUCUCCCCCUGAGGCACAGGCUGACAAGGACGAGACGCCUCUCGACGAAGCCAUGGCGCCCAUCGAUGAGGACGUCGGUGACACGGAGGCGCCGCCCAAACGCGCAGCGUCGCCUCCACCUAGCUCGCCCCCUGCGCCGAAACGGACCAAGCCCAGUACACCGAUUUAUGCCACAACGUCUGUGGAUGUCUCUGAUGCCGACGUGGCCGCCCUGGAGGCGCUCCAUGUGCGGCGCACGGACAACAUGGCCGAGGCGACGCACCUCGUCGCCAAGUCGCUUACACGCACCGAAAAGAUGUUGUGUGCCAUUGCGCGUGGGCUGCAUAUUGUGAGUGUGGCAUGGCUUCAGGCGAUGAUCAAGCAGAAUCAAGUGCUGGAGGCCGACGCGUUUGCUCUACGGGACAAGGCGAAGGAGAAGCAAUGGGCCAUCAAGCUGAGCGAGGUGCUCGCGAAAAGUCGCGCUCACCCUGCCAGUUUGCUGCAAGGUCACCAGUUUUUCAUUACCAAGCAAGUGCAGCCCUCCCGCGAGAUAUUAAGCCACAUUAUCGAAGCGGCCGGUGGUCACGUCGUGGCGGCCACCGCGAAAACGCGCGGCACGUUGCUCACGCCCUCCACCUCGCAUGUGAUUGGGUGUGAGGACGAUGCGAAGGUGCUUCAGGCCCUUGAGACGAGCUACCGCAAGGCGGGUCAUGAAGGCGACGCACCUUGGCGCGUGUACACACCGGAGCUGAUUCUCGCGGGUGUGCUUCGGCAAGACAUGGAUUGGUCGGACACGAAUGCGCUUACGCUCUCGUCGUAA